ACAUUCUUUUAAAUGGCCAGCUAAUAUUUCAAUAAUAACUUCCGCCCGUUAUUUUGCCAUUUUAUGAGAAAUCAGUAACCAUCAAUGUCCUCACUUCAUAGUUAUAAUAUGAUUCACUGGCAUAGUUUAGUACGGCUGGUUGUUAUUUAUAUUUGUUUAUUUUAUUGUAGUGUUUCCAUGAGUGCAAAGCAGGAUACAUUCAAAGCCAUUUUAAAAGAAGCUCGAGACUGUCCAGACCCGAAUCCGCCUUACCCUAAAAAGCGUCCUAUCAUAUGCAGUUACUCCAUAACUGUCGUGAACGGCAAGCGGUACUUUAAUGGCAACAGUACUGUCACAGCGGACACACCGUUUCAAAAUUUCAGUGGGAGAACGUAUGAUGUGGACGACGUUGGUCAGCGAACGGUCAAGUUUCAAAUCCCACACGUUACAUGCCGCAGCAUUUUUGUUAGAAGCUUCCUUAUGUAUGCGCACGUAACUCUGGACUCGAAAAAUUGUACAUUGAGAAAAGGAAUAUACCGUCAGGAACAAAUGGAUUUGGACAAGAUUUCACACACCAUGUUAGGUUGGCACGCUCGUGGCAACAUAGUGCAUGAGCUGCAGCUGGUUGCUGGAGGACGCACUGUUUUCUGUGCCGAGUUCCUCGUUACAAUACAGUAGAAAAAUAAUACAAUAAAACUUAAUAAAACAUUUAUCGACUACUCCUUUCCUAAGUAAGU